AUACUGUUCCCCUGACGCUGUUGCUGUGAUUCUAUUGGCGCAGGCAAGGUGAAACUAAACUUGAAGGGGAACUGCCUUUUCAUGCAAAUACAAAGGAUGACACAAAAUGAGGAACCGAACAAAUGAGUGAAAUUAUUUACCUAUGAGAUUGACAAAGGCGAACUACUGUUACUCCGAGAAGUAUGAGUAAAUUAAAGGUUUAAAUUAGAUCGUUCGGCGUGGUUUACCCAAUUGAAAAGUAGCGAAGGACUUCUCAUCGGAAACAUCGUUGGAAUCGGGAAAUACUUUUCAGUUUCUGUAUUAUUACUUAACCGACUAGAAAUGGGUGACUGGAAUCAAUGUAUUGGGACUUUGAGUGAAGGAGCUCGGAGCAAGUUAGCCGACAUGCUGGACAAUGUCAACUGUGGAUGGAGACAACUUGCCAAUAUUGUCACUGAACAACCCCGAUUCCAAUGCAGUGAGAAGGAGAUGACCUGCUGUUCACUCCAGGUGCUUACUGCGACUGGCAGCCCUGGGCGCUACCUGCUGGAGAAACUGUCUGAACGCACCUGCACCCUGGGCUUCCUACUGGAAUGCCUGAAGAAGAUGGAACACCACGAUGCUGUGCAAUACCUCACUGAUGUGAUUGAGCCAAUCCGGAUCACAGAGGAGCCCCAGACCCAGCAUGCUGCAGAGGGAGGCAGGGUGGUUCUGGUCUGUAAGGCUAGUGGCCCUGCUCCCAUUGACUACCAGUGGUUCAGAGGCAAAGAAGAGGUGCUGGGUGGAAGUGGUCCAGAGCUGGUCCUUGGCCCUUUAACCCUAGCUCACCAAGGACACUACAUCUGCCGUGUCAAUCGUAGAGAUAACUUUACCUUCUCCAAGUGGGCACAAGUCCGCCUGGUCAGAACAGAUGGUUCCAGUGCAGGUGCCACAAGUAGCUUUUCCCCAUCCUUAGAGACUGGAGUGCAUAUCGUUCAUCAGCCCCAAUCCCAGGCAGUAGCGGAAGGGGAGUCCCUGUGUCUGGAGUGCUUUGCUGAGGCUAACCCUCCUCCUCAGUACCAGUGGUACCAUAAUAAACAACCAGUGCCAACGGGGAAGGAUAGAACUUUGAGGAUCCUGUGUGUGACCACUGCAGAUAGAGGACAGUACAGCUGCAAGGUGUUUAACCUCUACCAUGAAGUUUGGAGCAACCCGGUUCUUGUAAAAAUAGACCCUGGGUCCUGCAUUGAUGCCUCCUUUCGUGAAGAAAACCAUGCUCCAAGCCCAUCCAGGCAGAUUAGUGAAUUAUAUGCCACAGAUAAGGUGGCCCUUCUAAUGGGCAACAUGAACUACCUGCACCAUAGGCCACUGCGAGCGCCCAUGGCAGAUGUCCACGAGAUGACUAACCUGCUGCGCCAGCUGGACUUCAAGGUGGUCUCUCUGCUGGACCUCAACUGGCAGGAAAUGCACAGCGCAGUGACUGAGUUCCUACUGCUCCUUGACAAAGGAGUCUACGGGCUUCUGUACUUUGCGGGUCAUGGUUAUGAGAAUUAUGGGAACAGUUUCAUGGUGCCCAUUGAUGCCCCUGCAUCGUAUACCUCCGACAAUUGCCUGUGGGUUCAGGAUGUGCUACAGCGGAUGCAGGAGCGAGAGACGGGGCUCAAUGUCUUUCUGUUGGACAUGUGUCGCAAAAGAAACCUGAACGAUGGCGUGCCUCCUCAGCCGGGCCAACUGAAAGUGACCGCAAACAUUGUAUUUGGUUACGCCACGUGUGUCGAUGCAGAGGCUUUUGAGGUGAACAAAGACGACUUGUCCAAUGGGAUCUUCAUCAGUUUCCUCAAGAGGAGAGUUAUGGAGGACGAGAAAGUGACAGUCAUGCUAGACAGGGUGGCUGAAGACAUGGGUCGGUGUGACAUCACACGAGGACGGCAGGCUCUAGAGUUACGCAGUAAUCUUUCUGAGAGACGUGCACUCACUGAUCGUAUCCAGUCCUCUGGCUGCCCAGAGACCGCCUCAGCACGGAACCUGCAGUGGGCCAUAGCACAUGUUCUUCCAGACAGCCGAAACCUGCAGUUUGACUGCGGUGUGACGGUACAGCUGGGUUUUGCUGCAGAAUUCUCCAAUGUCAUGAUCAUCUAUACCCGAAUACUGGAGAAGCCAAAGGAUAUUGAGUCCUGCUCUGCCCACCUCACCGACUUCACUGAGGGUUUGGAUCUGGAUCUGAAAAUGAGUAAUCAGGAGACCCUCCUGGAUGCAGGAAGUUUACUGCCAUUGGAAAUCCUCCAGCCUACAGAGCUUCCAGGCCUCUAUACUCGCCUCAAAGGCCUGCAGAGACUCAGGAAGGAGCUGACAUUUACUGUGUGCCUUCAGUAUCAGUACACAAAUUUGGAUGAGGAGGUCCAGGAGAGACAAACGGUUGUAGUGGGCAAACCACUGGUAUCCAAACUCAAUCUUUACGAGCCUCGGCUUCCCCGGUCCCUCUCUGCCUCCGUCUCAUUUGACUUUCACUCAUUCAGCCAAUCUUCCUCCUUCCCAGAGGGCUUUGGGUCAAGCUUUCCUGACACAGAGAAUUCCUCCAUUGGUUCAGCAUCCACCACCUGGUCAUAUUACUCAUUACAGCCAGGAGAGUACAAAGGGAGCAUCAGUAUACCAGUGGAGGAUGACAGUCGAGCAGUGUUUGACUCUGACCUCCCUCAGCCACUCACAUCAAGCAAAAGCCUCCCUCAUGGUCAAGUUGAGGACCAUACAUACCGGUUCAGUAACAUGCAAAACUAUCAUUCCUAUUAGUCCUGUCAAAUGUGUGGAGUUGUUUGCCAUGUUACCCAUUCUGUCUGAACAGAUCAAAAUUACUGACCUAACUAAAAAAAAAAUAUCUAAAAACCUGCAUUGUUUAUAUUUUGAAUAAAGAAUAUAGAGAAACAGUGUAAUAAACUAUAUUUGUGCUUAUGUAAUGAUGUUUUAAUAAUAUUUGAAAACAUUGUGUCUUUUCUACAGAUGAAAAAAUAGCUAUUUUGCAUUAUUACAUUCAUGUCACAUUGUGAUAUUAAUGAUUGGAUUCUUUAAAAAUAAAAAAUGAUUC